GUGGGUGGCGGUCAAGCAACACCUGCAGUACAACCUCCUGAGGUGGCCCGAGGCUCUUCUGCCAACACUAUAAGUCCCUGUAGCCAACUUAGUCGUACCUUAUUCUCCACACCUCCUGCAUCUCAUUCGGAUCGCAACGACCAUUUCUCUGCAUCUUCUAGCGCGGCACAUAUGCUUGUGGAGCCCACUGGCCGCAGAUCAGGGCCUCUAGGGAUGGUUGACUCCGGACUAUUUGAUGGACCCAAAAUGGACGUGUAUAGCGCUGGUGUCAGUCUUUACUUCAUGCUGACUGGACGUGUGCCGUUUGCUAGUUCAAACGUUCUUCAAAUCUUUGAAGCUAUUGCAGAAGGCGUUUACACUAUACCUGGCUACGUUUCUUCUUCCGCUGCCUCUCUUAUCCAUGGAAUGAUGGCUAACAAUCCAAAAGUAAUUAGAAAAUUGUAUUUUUUCUAUUUUGUCAUUGAGCCUUCUGUUUUUGAAUGCGGUUACUUUAUAAGAGAAAAACGAACGCUUAGAAUUGAUUUUUGA